UCCGCGACACUUCGCCGCUCGGGAUGGCUUCCGCCGCCGCCUCCGUCGCAGCGCUGUUGCUCGUCGCUGCAGCUCAGGCAAUCAUGUUACGACCCGCAGCCGCUGCCGCCGCCACCAUAUCCAGCAUCUCUUCAUCCAGUAACGGAAGCAACUUAGAGUUCAAGGAAGGACCGGAGCAGUAUGUCUUCGAGCCGUUACUGAGCAGCUCGUGGGCGCGAGACCGGAAAUUUCUGCGCCAACUGCAGGAGGCGCUGUGCCGCCCGCGCCCCAUCCUCGUCUCUGUGACUCCGCCCAACGCUGAGGACGGCGCGAAGUUCUCGCCGGACCGCGUGGAGGUGGUGCGGUGCGCGGGCGCGUGCGGGGCGUCGCGCAAGGCGUGCGUGGCCACGGCCGUGGCGACGGCGCGCGUGCCCGUGGUGCUGCUGACGCCCGGCCGCAACACGACGGCGGGCCACGUGCUGGUGCAGCGCCACGAGGCGUGCGCCUGCGCGUGCGCCACGCAGCCCCAGGACUGCUCCGAGCGACAGGCGUACAUCGCCGCCGAGUGCCGGUGCGGCUGCCACCCGCGGCUGCACGCGGAGGAGCGGCGCUGCAACGCGCAGAAGCACUUCGCGUGGGACGACGAGACGUGCCGCUGCGGCUGCCAGCGCCCCGCCGCCUCCUGCCAGCAGGGCCACAUGUCGCCCAUUUCUUCCACCAGACUCGGAAAGUUCUGAAAAGAUUGACUACACAGCCAAGAAAUUUCCUUGACUGUCUCCAAGAGGGGUCGUUGUUUCUGCAUAUUCUCCACUUUGUGUAAGGAGAAACAGCGUGCUUUCUUGCUCGUGAUAUAUAAAUUAAAUUCUGAUAACUGUUUGUCGCAAGGACCAUCAAAGAGACGUUAAAAACCUGUUACCAGUAGUCAAUGUGUCAAUGUAACUCCAUUCUAAAUAAAAAGCACUGUGGGAUACCUCCUUUACACACCUGUGAAAAAAAUACAAUUGUAUGAACUUUUCUUACUACAGAAAUGAUUCAUCAUAACAUUCCUAUAAUAUUUUGCCAUAUGUAUCAUAAAUCCAUCUUACAUGAAUUUCUAGUCUUGUUUUAAUUUUUUAAUAACCUAUACUUUCAAUUUCUUUGCCUUAACAUCAUGCGCUUCAAUACUUUAUUUUUGAAUUUAGAUUUGAAUGAUUUAUGGUUGAAGAUUUCUAAAUCAAAUAUUUUGAGAAUCUUACUACAUAUACAAUUUUGGGAUUUUUUUGAAAUUACCAUGGUUUUUGGAAAUUAAAAGUUUAUUAACAUUUUUAAUUACUAUUAUUUGCUGAAAAAUGAAAGGAUAGAAGGGGAACAUAAAUAUUUAUGAGAGUUAAUUGAUUUGAAAUUGGCUUCAACAUUUUUAAAUAAAAUUGGUUUCUCUCAAAUUCUUUCUUGUGUGCCUGAUUUAGUACAUGUUUAUUUUGGAAACUUGUGUGAUUGCCUAUGUAUUGGCAGUUUGUUUAGUUUAGUUUCUAAGUGAAUUUACAUAAUCUUUCCGUUUAAUUUUGUUGGGCAAUGUUGAUAAUGAAGUUUUUCAAGACACUUUAAUUGAGUUGUGUCUCGUUUAUCACUCAUUAUGCAUCGAAAGAGAGGUGGUGAACACAUUGUGUCAACCAAAGGGUUAAAAAUUGUCUAGAUAUUAAUUUAUUAGUAUGUAACAAAAAAUCAUCCAAUUAAACAAAUUCAAAU